UUGAAGCACUUGAAAAUUAGUCACACUAUCUCUCUUCUUUGAGAUGACGGUUGAAGUUAGCAAUCUAGCAUGAUCUAAGCACCUACGAGCUCUUCGGAGGGCUUAACAUGUGACCACUCACAUACUCUUCAGGGUUCAACUUGUGACAGUGCCAUUUCAGAGGUGACAGACAGCAAUGAUUAGCUCCAAAAGAUCCUAAUGGAACAGGACAUGCAACUUCUUAUAACCGUCACAAGAACCAUAGCUACCUAUAGCUAUAUGUGAUACUACAUAGAUCUCUCUCUAACUGUCCGAAAGAUGCAUGCUUCUCUUUCAUAUCAACAAGUUGCUGCAUGUCCAAUAGCAGCUAUCCUGAUCGAUCACCUCACUUCUUUUGUUUCAGUAGGGAAAUUAAAGCACAUCCAAGUUGCCUACUUUUUGCUUAUUAUUAGCACGCAUAUAUCAGCUCAUGAUACUGGUACAAAGAAGAUUUGUGCCUAUAAAUAGGAUACAGAUUGUUAACCCAAAUCGCUGGCAAGCAACCAGAAACAGUUCAGCUUAGUUCAGUGGAACACGAUGAUAAAGAUUCAGGAGACCACGUUGUUGCAAACCGGCAAUUGCCUACUUAUUGGACCCAAGGUUUUUCAGCAAAAGGAUCAAGAGCUGCGGCGCUCAUUCUCGGAGUGCUCCAACAACACCACGGCCAACCAGCUGAUCAUUCCCGGCGGUGGCAGCGGAAGCUCGUCGUCGGAGGUGGCGGAGACGGUGCGGUGCGCGUGCUGCAGCGUGCCGGAGGACUGCACGGCCGCCUACAUCCGCCGUGUCCGCGCGGCGCACUGCGGAAGCUGGGUGUGCGGCCUCUGCGCGGAGGCCGUGGGCGAGCGGCUGCGGCGGGAGCCCGGCGCCGGCGUGGAGGCGGCGCUGCGGUCGCACACGGCGGUGUGCAGGGACUUCAACGCGACCACCAGGCUGAACCCGAAGCUCUCCCUCGCCGGCUCCAUGAGGGACAUCGCGCGGAGGAGCUUCAACCGGCGGGCGUCGUCGUCGGCGACGACGUGCCACGACGAGCUCCGCGCCUCCAAGACGAUGGAGAGGGCCGUCAGCUGCCAGCCCCGCUUCUUUGCGUGAUCUGCUCAUCUCACACAAUUAAUCGUCCUUAGUCAUGCACAUGCACUUUUUUUUCCUUCUCACGGAUUAAUUAUUUUGGACUCCAAAAUUUGGAGUAACUUCCUUUUUUUCCCUUGAGAGGGUAUUUUAAUGUGUGCAUGUGCAUGUUCGUGUUUGUAAAUUUUUCUUCUGGUUCAAUAAACGCAGGUGGCGUUGCUGGUGGUUCAA